GCUUGGCUCUCUGCUCUUCCGAGCCUGGCUCUCCGUCCACCCCUGGCAAGCCUUACUUUUCCUUUGCCCCAGGGGGCGGCUGCCCGCCAGCCCUGAACCGGUGCAAACACCCAAGCCGUUUCCAAGCUCUCCUAAGCCAGUAUUUUCCCACUUGCCUUUCUCUGGGGUUCUUCUUCCACGAGCCAGUUCGAGACCAACCCCCUCCCCGCCUUGAGAAUUGUUUUGUUGGACCGCUGUACAGAGGCGUGUAAAACGCGAGGACUUUAUUCUCAUUUUCCUUUCCUUCCCUUCUGGGCAACGGAGCAAUGAAAUUUCCAAUCGAGACUCCAAGAAAACAGGUGAACUGGGAUCCGAAAGUGGCCGUUCCUGCAGCCGCGCCCCCGGUGUGCCAGUCCAAGGGCACCAGUAACGGGCACUACCCGGCCCCACGCCUCUCCAUCUCCUCCCGAGCCACGGUGGUAGCCAGGAUGGAAGGCGCCUCCCAAGGGGGCCUGCAGACCGUCAUGAAGUGGAAAACGGUGGUGGCCAUCUUUGUGGUUGUGGUGGUCUACCUGGUCACCGGUGGCCUGGUCUUCCGAGCGCUGGAACAGCCCUUUGAGAGCAGCCAGAAGAACACCAUUGCCCUGGAGAAGGCAGAAUUCCUGCGGGACCAUGUGUGUGUGAGCCCCCAGGAGCUGGAGACCUUGAUCCAGCAUGCCCUUGACGCUGACAACGCAGGCGUAAGUCCAAUAGGAAACUCUUCCAACAACAGCAGUCACUGGGACCUCGGAAGUGCCUUUUUCUUUGCUGGAACUGUCAUCACCACCAUAGGGUAUGGGAAUAUUGCUCCAAGCACGGAAGGAGGCAAAAUCUUUUGUAUUUUAUAUGCCAUCUUUGGAAUUCCGCUCUUUGGUUUCUUAUUGGCUGGAAUCGGAGACCAACUUGGAACCAUCUUUGGCAAAAGCAUUGCAAGAGUGGAGAAGGUCUUUCGAAAAAAGCAAGUGAGUCAGACCAAGAUCCGGGUCAUCUCAACCAUCCUGUUCAUCUUGGCUGGCUGCAUUGUGUUUGUGACCAUCCCCGCCGUCAUUUUCAAAUACAUCGAGGGAUGGACAGCCUUGGAGUCCAUUUACUUUGUGGUGGUCACUCUCACCACCGUGGGCUUUGGUGAUUUUGUGGCAGGGGGAAACGCUGGCAUCAAUUACCGGGAGUGGUAUAAGCCCCUAGUGUGGUUUUGGAUCCUGGUUGGUCUUGCCUACUUUGCAGCUGUCCUCAGUAUGAUCGGAGACUGGCUACGGGUUCUGUCCAAAAAGACAAAGGAAGAGGUCGGUGAAAUCAAGGCCCAUGCGGCCGAGUGGAAGGCCAACGUGACGGCCGAGUUCCGGGAGACGCGGCGGCGGCUGAGCGUGGAGAUCCACGACAAGCUGCAGCGAGCCGCCACCAUCCGCAGCAUGGAGCGCCGGCGCCUGGGCUUGGACCAGCGGGCGCACUCGCUGGACAUGCUCUCCCCGGAGAAGCGCUCGGUCUUCGCGGCGCUGGACACCGGCCGCUUCAAGGCCUCCUCGCAGGAAAGCAUCAACAACAGGCCCAACAACCUGCGCCUGAAGGGCUCCGAGCAGCUGAACAAGCACGGGCAGGGGGCCUCGGAGGACAACAUCAUCAACAAGUUCGGCUCCACCUCCAGACUCACCAAGAGGAAAAACAAGGACCUCAAAAAGACCUUGCCCGAGGACGUCCAGAAAAUCUACAAGACCUUCCGGAAUUACUCCCUGGACGAGCAGAAGAAACAGGAGGAGACGGAAAAGAUGUGCAACUCUGACCACUCCAGCACCGCCAUGUUGACGGACUACGCGCAGCAGCCCGCGGGGACCGAGAACGGCGCGCUCCCCGCCGACACCAAAGACAGGGAACUCGAGAACAACUCGUUACUUGAAGACAGAAACUAAACGUUACGGGCAUUGGACUCGACCAAGCCGUUGUGUUUUGUUUUUUGUUUGUUUCUUUUUUAAUAUAUAUAUAUAUAUAUUCACCCCGAGACACGUGCCUUAAACAGACUUCUCCUUAGUCCGAAAUUACACAGCAUCGAAGAAUAUAUUUCACUGUGCCAUAAACGACUGAGAAAGCUCGCUCUGCCACAAGGACUUUCACGUGGCCGAGGAGGGCACCCAGGAUGGUGCAUCCCUGCGCCCUCGCCUCGGCCUGGCGCGGAGACAAGGGCAGCUUCUCCUAGACCACCAGCCUUCUGGAGGGAACAGGUGUGUCUGAGAGGGAAUCUCCUUGUCCUGCACCCACCCGACGUGCUGUGUGCACACACUGAGGGGGGAGAACUGGGUGGGAUCUGUAUCGGCGCGCGCUGCGCCCGAAUUUGGACACAAACUAUUCCGUGCAAAGCUAGUCUUUCUCAGCUCCCAACGAAUGUCCGAAUGUCCGCGGGACCCAGGACCGCCUGGAGUUUGUUGGACACAGAUCAGAGCACACGUAUUAAAAGGUGCAAUCGCUUUCCUCGCGGAAGAAAACAAAAAUGUUCACAAACACAUCACACUGUGGCGAUCACCUUAACCAAUGACAGAAGGCUCCUGACUUCUGUCUGUCUGUCUCGCAGAGGUGGGGAACCCAAGUGAACUUGCAAGCAUCGGCGAAAAAAAAAAUCCCACCUCCACUGCUGCAUGGUGACGGGCACAUCAAGCGCUUUCUUCAGUGGGUGCGAAGGUGACAAUAAACUGGCUGUGAAACGGUCACGUUCACUUUUCUAGUGGAACUUUGGUUACACCUUGUUUUGAUAAGAGGGGGAGAAAUACCAAAACACUUGCCUUGCAUGAUGCCGGUGGCUUUCCUGUUCUGUCUAGCGGACCCUCGAUUUUGAUACGAGACAUCUGCACGCCUGAGACAUACCAAGGAGGACCGAGGCAUCAUUCCACCUCAGGGCUUUUUGUCCCUUUGGGUGUCUUAGGGUAGACCUAGUGAUGAGACCCCAUGUUGCUCCAAACAAAAGGAAAUCGGAAACCCAAACCUUGUACCAUAAGAUUGAAUUGUUUUAAUUGCUUGCAGCUUAAGUGCCAUUAAUGCCAUUUAAAAAAGUAAUCCUUAAAAAAGAAGUAUUUUCAAGAUUCCCCUUUUACGUUUGGGCAUUCCUUUCUACUGAGAGCAUUGCUUCCUUUCCUCACUUUUC